AUGAAAUGGCUACAUAAUGAAAUGGCACACGAUGACGGUUUGGACGGUCUCGUGUGUACGAGAAACAGAAUCGGGAUCCGUUGUCAUCCUGCGGAGGUCGCGACGAGGGAAAAGUUCGUGCACUUUUCCUCGCAGAAUCGAAUUUCCUGUUGCCAGUCUAGGCGCAAGCGCUAUUCGGCUCUUAUCUGGCAAAAGGGAGGCGCGGCUAUAACCAUGGAUCCCAGUGUACUCGCUAACAUGGACAAGGACGCACUGAAGAAGCAGAUCGAGAACAUGAAGUACCAAGCUGAUAUGGAACGGUGGCCCCUGUCGAAGAGUAUUGUCGCGAUGAGGGAAUACGUGGAAGAGAAUGAAAAGACUGAUCCACUGAUACACGCGCCCGACAAGAAGAACAAUCCCUGGGCCGAGAGAGGCAAAUGCAUAAUCAUGUAA